UGGACCAUGGCGCUACAUGGUUUAAGAAAGAUAUAUUUUCAUAAAAUAUAAAACCGAUUCUUGUGUGUAGCCGUUCAUACCUUGAUAAUUUUAACAUGGAAACUCGAACGAAUGAGUUAUUAACAACAGGUCCAAUAGCGACGAUUAAAGAAGAACCACUUGAUCAAACUGGCGCGAAGCAGGAAAUGCAACAAUCGCAAGUACAGGGCGUUUGCAUUGAGGAAGAGUGUGAACAGCGUAUCGAAUGUACAACUGAGGGCCAAGAAAAUGAGACACGUGCAUUUUUAUCAAAAUGUGUGUUUUGUGGAAAAACAUUUACUUUUGGUGAUGACCCAAGACUUUUAGAAUGUUUACAUGCUGCAUGUUCGACAUGUGUCAAUAGUAAACUCAGCGAUCACAACACAUCAGUCGACGUGGAUGUUUUGUUGGAAAGUAAUGUGAUUGCUUGUCAAAUAUGUAAUGUCACCACACAAGCAGAAAACUUAAUUGAAAAUAGAUUUUUGUCAAAAUUUAUAGAGGAAGAUAAUAGCCCAGGUACUGAUGAUGAAUCUAAAGAAACAGAGGAAGAAAAAAAAUGUACCAGUUGUCAUGAUAAUGCUACUGCCACAAGUUGGUGUGUGGAAUGUGAAGAAUUUAUAUGUCAAAACUGUGUUAUGGCACAUCAGAGAUUAAAAAUAACAAAAGAUCACACAAUUAAACCAAAGGAUGAAGUCACCAAUGAUAGGGAUAAUGUCAAAAAAUGCAACAAAAAAAUACCUGGCUAUUUAUUUUGUACGAUUCAUUCACAUGAACAGUUAUCUUUAUUUUGUCAAACAUGUGAUAAACUUACUUGUAGGGAUUGUCAGCUAAGUGAACACAGAGAUCAUAAGUACAAAUUUAUUCAUGAAAUUGCUGCUGAAACCCGUACUUCUGUAUCAACUUUACUUAAAGAAGUGAGUUAUAAACGAGUUUUAUUGAAAAGUGCAAUGAAGGUUAUAGAAGAUAGACAAGUCCUUAUCUUAGAAAAAAAGAAAAAUUUGGUGCAAGACAUAACACAAAUGGUGGUGCAAUUAACAAAUGCAAUUAAUACACGAGGAAAACAAUUAGUUAUGCGUUUAAAUGAAGUUUGUGACCAAAAACAAAAUACAUUAAAUGAAAAAAAAGUUGCUUUAGAUCAAUUAUCAAAACUUACUGAUCAUUGUAUACAAUUUGUAUCACAUGCCUUAAAAAAGGGUUCAGAUAUGGAAUUACUUUAUAGUAAAAAAUCUGUUACAAGUCAUUUACAAAGAAUAAAAAGUAGACGUGCUGACAUUCCAAAUCCAGAAAUACCAGUUAGAAUUCACUUAUCCUUGGAGAAAGUACCAGAUUUGAUAAAAGUGGUAUCAUCAAUUGGUGCAAUAGUAGUGGAUGGUAGAGUAUAUCCUUCAAUAUCUCCAUUAGGUGGAAUAAAUCCACCAUCUAUAUCAUAUAAUGAAUCACAGACGGAUCAAAAGCAAACAACAAAUCUGUCAAAUGCACAUAUGGAUGGUUCUACUAUAGCUGCACAAUUACCUGCUGUAACACAACAGUCUAAUAGUAUGCAACAAAAUUCCUAUCAACAAGUGCCUCUUCAUAUAGCAUCUCAACAGCAACAACAAACACAAUCACAAAAUUAUAUACAUUAUCCUAUGAAUAAUAUGCCACCUCGGUCAUCACCACAAACACAUCAACCACGUGUACCAUAUACAGUUAAUUUUAACAACAGACUACAGCAAUCAAUAAUGAUGCAACAACGUCCUUUGGGAAGCUGUCAUCAACAAGUAACAUCGUCUACUCAUCCUCAUCAACAAGUUCACAUAGAUCAACUGGGACAAAACACAAGUCUACGUGGACUUCUUGCACAUAAUCCUCCACCUUUUCGACCUUCUACAAAUCAUGUAUCAUAUCGAUUGCCACCUUAUAGAUAUCCUUCAAACAAUUCCCAACGACCAGUACCACCACCUGCGUAUCAACCAACAAAUACAUCUAUGGUAUCUAAUAUAAGGCUUCAGCAAUGUAAUCCUAUUUCUCCAUCUACACAACAUAUGAAUUAUCCUAUGCAACAACCAACUACAGCACGUUGGCAUAUACCCCAAAAUGUCAAUCCUUGUCUUCCUUUUUAUACUUCUCGUCAUCAAUCAAAUACACCUUCCAUGUCAGUUCCUACUAAUGAUACAUACAAGAUAACAUUAAAAAAUCAGCAAUCAAAUACAAAUCAAAAAUAUAAUACACAAACAACUACUGCUUCUGAUAAUCCACCUCAAUCACAAAAUUUAGUAUCUGUUGGUCAUACGGUCAGUUCAUCAGUACCUAAAACUCCUAGUCCUGUGCCUCCUGGAAAAUCAGAUGAAACUGAAAAGAGUUUAGACAAAUUUUGUCAAAAAUCUUUAAAUGACCUAAUGCUUACUAUCGCAAAAUUAGAUAGUAAUGGAAUCGUAGUAAUACCAGAAGCUCAACGAAACCAAUUAGAUUCUGCCCAGGUUGAUAGUUCAACUGAUGAAGGAAUGAAUCCAAUGACUGAAAAUUCAGCAGAUAAUUCAAAAAAUACUGCAACAUCCAUGGCAAAGGAUGAUCCUAAUGAAGACUGGUGUGCAGUAUGCAUGGAUGGAGGAGAUGCAGUACUAUGUUGUGAUAAAUGCCCAAAAGUCUUCCACUUGUACUGUCACAUUCCUAGUUUAAAAUCGUUUCCUGAUGAAAGUGAAACUUGGCAAUGUAUGUUAUGUACAAAUGUAUUAGAUUGCUCAGAUGACCCACCAGGAGAAAAAAGACCAAACAUAAUGAGUGCAAAAGAAUUACGGAUUGCACAAAGAAUUGUAUUAGAACUUUAUUGUCAAUAUGAGCAAAGCUUACCUUUCCGUGAAGUAGUAUCUAGUGAGAUAGUUGACUAUCAUCGUAUCAUAAAGAAACCAAUUGCACUAGAUGUAAUUAGAGAUAAAUUAAAACCUGAGCAUCCAAAUCAUUAUACAGAUUUAAGACAAGUAAUGGCAGACAUCAGGCUGAUGUUUAAAAAUGCUUUUACAUACAAUCCUGUUGAAUCACAAGUGUAUCAAGAAGCACGAAAUUUAGAAGAAUUUUUUGAAAAAUUGUUAUUAAAAUGGGCACCAAAUUAUGCCUAUGAUGAUCCUUUCCUUUCGGCUGACAAAGAUGAAGAUGAAGAAGUGUUCCCUCCUAAUAGAAAAUAUCGACGUAUAGUUACAGACUAA